AUGGCUACUGGCUCGGAUGUUCUAUUGGAGCAUCUGCUGUUCCAAGUCGCUCUGACUGGUGAUAUCGGAUUGACCAUCACAGCACUCAGCGCAGCUUUUGUCGAAUUCAACAACAAUAAUGCUGUAGAAGAGGACGCCACCAAAGAUGAAGAUAACACAGACGACGGAGAUCUUCUCUUCUCGCUAAAACCACCUGGUGCCAAUUCGACUGCAAAUUCACAAGCUUCGGAUCCUCAACAUCUCGAAAAACUUUGGACUUGGCUUGUCGACCAUCCUGAUGUUACCGUCACUCAGAAUGCAGCUGCUGCGGAUGAUCCAUAUGGACGUUCUACUGAGAUUGACCCCUCCAACCCACUUGCUCCUGUCUUUGCUGCCCACGCCAAGGAGAGACUAUACACCACUGAGCAACGCAUCUGGCACGCUCUUACUGAACAUGAUGUUGAUUGGAAGCGCAUUCCGAAACUUGAGUUUCACUGUCUUCAAGUCAUUGCUGCCGCCGGUCGUGAAGGUGUUCUACAACCAGACGUCACCAGAAUCACAGGUCAAGACAAACGCUCAGUUCCGAAACGUACCGAUUCACUUGCCACUAAGGGCUACAUCACCAAGGAAAUGUGCUUGGGUGGCGGCAUCAAGACCAGUCUGCUUCGGCUCAAGAAGUUGGUGCUUGAGCCUACUUCGACGUUCUACACCAUCAAGGCAAAGGCUGGUAAAGGCGAGGGCAGUACCCGUCGUAUGAUCAACUAUGAGCAAUGGUUCAGUGAAGUCAUGACCACUCUGAAGAAGCAUGAUGGCCUCAUUGCCUAUGAAGACUUGCGCAAAGAGAUGGGCAUCCAUGGAUCGCGAUGGGAGACCAGAGCUCUUCACCGAUGCAUCAAAAGACUGGAAAAAGCCGGCUGUGUUCAGAGACUUCGCGCUCGUCUCGAAGGUGCACGCCCUAGACAGGCGAAGAAGCAAGCCGAAGGAGUCACCCCGGCUUUUGAUCAUCGCUAUGAGAUCGACCCUGAAGCCCCCACCGAAAAAGUCGAUGCCGAAAAGACAGAACACGACCCGGAGAACGUGUUCUGGGUCAGGUGCAUCAAGUUGAUGCGUGAGCCUGUCGAAAAAGAUCUGGAGGCUUUCACGUCUACGAUCAAGUCCGGUAAAGUUGGCAAAGCUGCUGAGGAUCAGGAGUCCGAUGCAGAAGCCGAUGCUGAUGAAGAUGACGACUAUGUCGAAAUUGAUGCUGCAGCCUUGGACGGGCUGGGAAAGAUGACCGAACUCACUAGGCGUGUACCUCCACAAUGGCGACCGGACAUGCACCACACUCAAUUUUUCUUCCAGAUCAUCGCAAGCGCCGGAACAAAAGGAUUGAGUACCAUGGACCUUGCCAACUUCGGACUUGGUCCUUUCUGGCGUCGCCCACUUGAUGAAAUCAUGGGCAGGCUCACAGAUGUCUGGACUGUAUCACAACCUCUUCAUCUUCGACAUCUCGCUAUUAUCCGAGACACCUCCCAGCUACACAGAAUCUCGCACUAUGUCUUCCGAAGCUACCAUAACUUUCAAAAGAUGGUAGACAACGGUGAGGCUAAUUGGGAAGCAAUCGACGUCAAACCGGCAGAGAUACAGAGAAAGCCUGAUCUGGAUGAGUGGGGCUUUCCAAAAGUCAAGCCAUCUACUAUGGUCGGUCACGAUGGUACGCACAACAUGGCUGCCUGCAAGAACGUUCUUGUCAGAUCAAAGUCAAAACCGAAAAGACCUCUGUGGGAAAAGAAGGCAUUCAAGACCGUGGAUCCAUUGUCAAGCAUGAACGCUCUAAAGACACCAAGAAAGAGAGCCGCUCUUGCUGAGGUGCCCUCUGCAGCUGCACAGCCAGCCGAAUCAGUCGAAGACAGAGAUGAAGCCACUCCUGCUACUGCACGCUCAUCAACGACUAAGAAGAAGGUGUACAAGGUCAUGUUUAAGAUGAAUCCAAAGCGUGUUGAGGCAGAGCUCAAGGAGUGGAAAGUCAGAUCGCACAAGCUUGCUGUCUCGAAGGCCAAAACAGAGCUUGGACUGGAUGUCAAGAACGAUAUGUCAAAACCGAAAAGGCAACGCAAAUCGACUAAAGUCGAGCAGGCUGAUGCUGAAAUUCCUGGUCAAAACCUUCCUCCGCCCUCAGAAUUGCUGCCUGCUGCAUCUGUCGGUGAGCUCAUGUCACAAGCAUCUGAAGGAGCGACAGAACAGCUCGGCCAGCAACGCGAUCAAGAUGGCGCUGCAGGAGUGCAACGAAUGCCCGAUCAAUCUGAUUUGCUAACUUCCGAAUCGUCCAAACUUGUUCCCACUGAGAACACGCCCACCAACUUGGAGCUCGACAAACGUGUGGCUGAACUCGAACUUGAGAUCUUGAACAUGGCCAAACCUGGCAUAUACAUCAAUCCUCCAGGCUCUGGUCAGUUGAAGAAUGAUGUUGUUCAACCAAAGGGACGUCCUUCAAGAUACCUCAUUGGAGUUUUCAAGUCUGAGAAAUUGAAAUCUCUUCCUUGGUUCACCGAGGAGGACUCUGAUCGCCUCUCAUCACAGGCUGCAACGCCUGAACCAAACCUUGAUACUUCACAGCCUGCCACAACUACUUCCGUAUCUGUUACCAGACACAGUGAGUCAGCUCAGGUAGCCGAGACACCUCAAUGGACCACUUUGAACUCAACGACUCCAGUUUCAACAGAGUCUCCUAUGCCUGCAGAGCUCGGAAAGCCUAAGGAAGAGAUCAUCAUCAAGCGAGGCAGGAGAAUUCAGGUUCAGAGACAGGGCAAGCGGAAAGCCUAUGAGCCGUUACGACAAAAAGUCGCAAAAAAGCUUGCUGUCGAACAGGCCGCCGAUGAUGGCAAGUGGAGGCCCUUGACUGAACUCGAGGCUUACAACUCACAACUGAAUGAGUCACCUCCAGGCACACCUUCAUCAUCAAGGAGAGCAGUGUCUAUCCCGGAGACACCGUCUUCUGUCGUGUCACAGUUGUCCUUCGAUACUCCUGGAUCUGUUGCCGACUCGCUCGAUAUCUCUCCCGAGGACAUUACUGCAGUAGACUUGCUUCUUCAAAGAGCUGACAGUCUGCCCUACGAGCCAGAAGAAGGAUCCGAAGCUGCAACAGAGGAGCGCCGAGCCUCAACUGGCGCUGCGGACAGUGAUGUGCAAAUGGAAGAUGCAGAUGCAGCCGAGAAUGGCGAGCAGGAGACGUCUGCAUCAGCGACACCAACACAAUCAGCUGCACAAGAACCUGAAGCCUCACAAGUAGAGCCUGUUGAGCCUAAGCAAGCGCAAUCCACUCAUGUCACAGACUCACACAAGAUUCUGGAGCCGUUUUUCAGAAGAGCUUCGAGACGCCCCGAUGCACCAGCUCCUUCUACCGAAGAGGUGACUGAGAAGACAGGUUCACCAAGCACACCUGCUCCGUACAAUCCAUUCGCCAAAACAGAACUCAAGACAGCCGCUACGGCAGCUCGCUUUGCCUCUCGCGCCAAAGCUCCUCAGAAAGUUGGCGUGGGUCGCUCUGGUGGUAUUGUUAGCUACAACCGCAACAGAGUGCUCAUGGAGAUUGUACAUCAGAACGGCGGCAUGUUCGGUGGCGAUAGAGAACUUUACUAUCCUUUCGUUACUGUCUGGGAUAGAGAAUUUCAACGUCGACCUGAUCGCCAUACACUGGACAGAGUCCUUGCUGGUCUGAUCGAAGAGGGCAAACUGAAGAGAGAACCUUUUUCGUUCUCGGCGUCUGAUGGAAAGAUUUUUACCAAAACACUAGUGAUGGAGCCACACAUCGAUCCAGAAUGUCCAGAGGCACAGGCACUGAAGCAAAAGAUCAUCGAGUACCAUCCCAUGACCUAUGUCCCUGAGGGUAUUGAAGUGCUCCCUGAGCUUCGUCUUCGUAUCGAACACGAUUUGAGAGGUGGCAAGGGCAUCCCAGAUGUUCACAAUCCCAACAGCUCUUUCAUCUAUGAUCCUACUGCUGUCGUCACUCGCAUUCAAGGUCCACAAAAGGUUCAGCUCGGCAUGACAGAAGCCAGAAUGAAGAAGGGUGUGACAGCCAGAAGACAUAGACGUGAAGAAGAAGAGAGGCGUCAACAACGAUACAUACAAGCACAGAUGGAAGAAGAUAUCGACAAUGCUGUGGCUGCUCUAACAACAGACUUCCAACUCGACUCUUACCAACACGAUCCGUCCAGAGCGAUUGUCGACAGAGGUCCGCGUGGUCGUGGAAGACUUGCCAAAUUGCAACGCUGGGGACCAGAAGAGCAGAUCAUUCCUAGACGUGCUCUUGGUUUGCUCACAACUACUGGAAGAGAUGAUCAACUUGAAGCUGAACAGAACAGCCGUGAUGCAGUUGCAGCUGCCGACUUUGGUGUGUUGAAACCUCAAUUGAUCCCCACAAUACCCUCGAGAGAAGUGCCUGCUGCGCCAAAGGUUCGCUUCGAUGUUCCUCAUGAACCUUCACUCGUACAGAUGUUGCAGCAGAAGCAAGCAGGCACAUUUAGCGUUAUUGACGCUUUGUCUAUGACUUCUCCUUACCAAAGAUUCCAUCGUCAAUCAGGCACUUUCUCGACUGAUCCUGUUGUCAUCACCACGUCCAGCUCACACUCACAAUAUGGCUUUGUUGGUCAGCAGAUGCAAAUUCCGAGGUCUCUUGCAGACAUCUUUAAGCAAGCUGGAGAGGAGGCUUCUUUGCUCGAAUUGCCUACAGAAAGUCCACAUGUUGGAUAUGAGAUACCACGAUUUGCGGCUGUCGGAGUCACCAGACUUCCUAGAUUGCACUCUGCACGACCUCGUCCCGCACCUAGACCUCAACCUGAAUACAGAUCUUAUGGUGCCAAGGCAGUCUUGCCACGUUCGAGCAGAACUGGUAUCUUCUCCAUGUCUGAAAAGGAGGAACAGCGCCUUAUCUAUGCUGUCGUGGUUGUCAAGACUCUUACUGGAGGUCUGGAGCAAAUUGUCAACUGGGGCCUUGUUCAUCAAGUCUUCCACUACAAAUUCGAUCCCAACUAUUGUCGUCAUCGCUGGGUGUUCCUUAGACCAAAGCUUGGUGGUACAGCAGACAAGUUGCAAGUCGAAUUCCAGAAGUUGUUCCUCGAGGCUUAUGAAAGUGGCGAGAUCCCUGGCAUCGACUUUGUGGAACCAGAAAAGUAUGAUUGGCUGGGAAUUGUAGAAUGGGCCGAAAGAAGACUCUCUCAGACCAACCCUCUGAACGGACUGCCGGAGCUGCCCAAGAACCGACAGACCCUCGACAAGCGCUUCGACGUCAGACAUGCUACCGAGGUGUAUAACAUUCCUCGAGAAGACUUUUGGGUUGCCAACGUCACACAUCUGCGCAGAGAAGAGCUGGCGAACAGUUGGACCUUUGCUCGUCCGCUUGCUGGUGCCACCGAGCCUGUGCAAGAUGAUGAUGAUCUCAUGCUCGCUCUGUCGUGGGUCCGCGCUAAUGUCAUCACUCCUGAUCCGGUCUAUGACAGCAACAAGGCACACGAGAAGCUCAUUCAAAUCGAGCAACUCCUUCCGCAAGCACUCGACCAUCUGCUAGGAGCCAAGAUUAUUCGUAUGGAGAAUAAGGGCCGUCAGAUUCCUGGGCGCAACUACGAUGUUUCCGAUUCCGUCUUGACGAUGUUCAAGCGUCAAUGGGAUGUUCGUUAUCUCAAAAAGACUGCGGCGUUCAAGAAGACUAUUGAUGAAGCGUUCGCCAAUGAUGGUAAAUUCACUAUCAGUUACCAAGCUACUGAUGCUGAGAUGACUGCUAUGACGAACUUGGUUGCUGCCGGUCGUGCCAAGGUUGUGCCUCUUUUGCCAGAGGUGAAUCAUACUAUGGGUGCUCCUUACCCUCGUCUCACCAAAUGGGGUUUCACAGAAGGUAACUACAAGACUGUACACAUGGACAAGUCGCGCCUGCACUUUUUGCUCGAACUGCAUCCCACAGACACGUAUAUCCAUGGUGUACCAAUCGCGCCCAUCCCAUCGCCUCCCUUGUCCAAACAGUUCCCAGGCGAACUUGGUCCACGUCUACCCAUCUGGACUGACAUCCACGGCAACAUCAUCAAAGACUACUGGCAGAUGACUGUCAUGGCUACCCUCUGGCUCUUGGCCUUCCGUCCUGGCCUCAAGAUUCAAGAAAUCUGCAAGGGUGCUUACAAAGGCAAGCUUUGGGACUGGGAGAUGGAGAUGUUCUUGGCUUGGGCUGAGAAUGCUGGUCUUGCCAAGAGGUUGAGCUAUGGAGGUGAUGAUGGCCCUGAAGCUGAUGGCUGGGUUGUACAAGAGUGGUGGUGGUUGGCGUUUGCUACUGAGUGA